GAGAUCAUGACUUCUGUCAAAGAGCAGGAAGCCAUCAGGAAGGUCAUGGUUUUCUUGAAGGAAUGGGACGACGGCCACAACGUUACUCGAAGCCACAUCCUAGACAACUUCAUCAAAAGCAAUGACGGCAAGAUGGAGCCAGAGCUGGAGCUGGAGUUCUCCCAGGGAGCCAGCUUGUUCCUGGCUCGCCUCACAGUGUGGCUCAGGAUGACCUACAGGUACAGCUCGUGCCUCGCCAAGCUGCUCAGGUCCAUCGGCAUCUUCCUGUCUGCUGCGAGCGGACGCAGGUACCUCAUUGAAUUUCUGGAGAUCGGAGGUGUCUUGAUUCUCCUGGAAAUACUAGGGCUGAACCACCUGAAAGAAGAGGACAAAAAGGAGGCUGUAAAGCUGCUGCAGCUCGUCGCAGAGGCUGGCAGGAAGUACAAGGAGCUCAUUUGUGAAAGCUACGGGGUCCAAUCCCUCGUCGAGUUCUUGGCCACCUCCAACUCAGCAGAGGCCCAAAAAGCCGUGCGGGUUCUGAUGGACUCUUUGGGCCACGGCAAUCCCAAGUACCAGAACCAAAUCUACAAAGGCCUCGUUGCUGUGCUGCCCUGUGCCUCCCCACAAGUGCAGCAGCUGGCUCUGCAGAUGCUUGUGGUUAUGCAGGAUGCGGUGGGAGAGGCCCCCACUAACCUUGUGGAGCCCAUGCUGGCCGUGCUGACCUCGGAGCACCUGGAGGUCCAGUACGAAG